UCGCCGCCGCCAGCGCUCAGCAGGUCGGGAAGCCGCGUGCGGCGGGUCAGUGCUGCGAGGGGAAUCCAUCCCGCCGGCACCGCCGCCCAGAAGGGUCCUCGCCCCUCUUUUUGCCUCCCGCCGCCGGCGCCGCGGCGCGCAGGGCUCUGCAGAGGCUGCGAUCGACGAAGCAAGGGGGACGCGACGCGCCUGCACCAACCCCGGCUGUCGCCCGCCUGCCCGCGUCCCUCUCUCCCCUCUCCAUUUUCCUCCGGCUGGGAAGGACACCCCCCUCACUCCCCAUCCCGCUCCUCGGUCGCCUCCGGGUGGGGGCUGGAGUGUGAACGGGGAUUCCCACUUCGGGGCGAAGCGGGAUCCCUCGCCCGGCAGCAGCAGCAGCAACGAUGACGCGCCUGAGCUGGUGCUUCGCUUCCCUGAUCCGCUGGGGAAAAUACUUCUUCUCGUGCUUCCUGCCCCUGCGAUUCUGCCUGCACCGGGAGCCUGAGGACCUUGAAGCAUCCACAUCCCACACCUUCAAAGUGAAGAGCUUCAAGAAAGUGAAACCAUGUGGGAUAUGUCGUCAGGCUAUUACCCGGGAGGGUAGCACCUGCCGAGGUUGCAAGCUCUCCUGUCACAAGAAAUGUGAAGCCAAGGCUGCCACGCCUUGCAUGCCUGCUGGCAAUCAUGAGCUGCCAUCUGCUGAGGAAAGUCCUGCGAAGCACUUAGAAACCCCGGUGUUUGCAAAGUCCCCCAAAAUUAUCCAGGCACGACGUAAACCCUCAAGGAGCUUGAGCCUAAACCAGGCCAUGGAGGACACUUGUGAACUAGACCUGGUGUAUGUCACAGAGCGGAUCAUUGCUGUCAACUUUGCAAGUUUGUCGGAGGAGCAGACCUUCUCUAGCAACCUGAAGGAGGUGGCACAGAUGCUGAAAUCCAAGCAUGGGGACAGUUACCUGCUUUUUAACCUGUCAGAGAAGAGGCAUGACAUCAGCAAGCUCCAUUCCAAGGUGCUGGAUUUCGGAUGGCCUGACUUGCACACACCUGCCCUGGAGAAGAUAUGCAGCAUCUGCAAGGCCAUGGAUACGUGGCUGAAUGCUGAUCCUCACAAUGUGGUGGUUCUGCAUAAUAAGGGGAACAGAGGCCGGACAGGAGUAGUUAUUGCUGCCUACAUGCACUACAGCAACAUUUCAGCCAGUGCAGACCAAGCUCUGGACCGGUUUGCCAUGAAGAGGUUCUAUGAGGACAAGGUGAUCCCAGUGGGGCAGCCAUCACAGAAGAGGUAUGUCCACUACUUCAGUGGUCUGCUGUCCGGCACCAUCAAAAUGAACAACAAGCCCCUCUUCUUGCAUCAUGUCAUCAUGCAUGGAAUUCCCAACUUUGAGUCUCAAGGAGGCUGCCGGCCCUUCCUCAAGAUAUACCAAGCUAUGCAGCCUGUCUACACAUCUGGAAUCUACAAUGUGCAGGGGGACAGUCAGACCAGCAUCUGCAUCACUAUAGAGCCUGGACUACUCUUAAAGGGAGAUAUCUUGCUGAAAUGCUAUCACAAAGAGUUCCGUAGCCCAACUCGAGAUGUGAUCUUCCGAGUGCAAUUCCACACCUGUGCCAUUCAUGACCUGGCCAUUGUAUUCAAUAAGGAGGACCUGGAUGAUGCCUUUAAAGACGAGCGGUUUCCAGAGUAUGGGAAGGUGGAGUUUGUGUUCUCCUAUGGACCUGAGAAGAUUCAAGGCAUGGAGCAUCUCGAGAAUGGCCCCAGUGUCUCAGUGGACUACAACACCUCUGACCCGCUCAUCCGCCGGGACUCCUAUGAAAACUUCAACAUGCGUCGUGAAGACAGCAUGGAGGAGGUUGGUCACACCCAAGGGCCUCUGGAUGGCAGCCUAUAUGCCAAGGUGAAGAAGAAAGACUCACUUCACGGCAGCACCGGCACCGUCAACACCAACCGCAUCACGCUCUCGGCUGCCCCCAACCACAUUGAGCACACACUCUCUGUUAGCAGUGAUUCGGGCAACUCCACCGCCUCCACCAAGACAGACAAGACUGACGAGCAGGCAGUGCCCACAGUCCCCGGCAGCAGUGGAGGAAGCAACCCUAUACUAACCCCAGAGGAGAAGCGGGAGCUUGACAGCUUGCUCAGCGGCUUUGGCUUGGAGAACGAGGGCGCCAUGCAUAACCACAACCCCAGCGGGGGAGCAGUGGUUGCUUCCACCACCUCAGGCCGCCACAUCGUUCCAGCUCAGGUGCAUGUCAACGGGGAAGCUGCCAGCUUGGUGGCCGAGAGGGAAACAGACAUUCUGGAUGACGAGUUGCCCAACCAGGAUGGGCACAGUGUGGGGAGCCUGGGCACCCUCUCAUCAUUUGAUGGCACCACCAACACCAGUGACAUGGGCUACCACGAGGCCCCUCGGAUGGAGAGCCUCAACUCCUUGCCCAAUGGGUCAUCCAAUUUCAAUGGCAUAGACAAGCUGCACGAUUCAGAGACGGUGAUCAAUGGUGGCUACCCCUACAACAACCAGAACACCUUGCGGAGCAUGAUGGGGCGUCACCCCCAAGACCCAUAUGGGCACAUCCGUCCUUCAGUGUCUGCCCAGGAGAAUUUGGCCGACUACUACCAGCAUGGCUUCCCCACUCCUGGCUGGUUGCAACCCCAACCGCCAGCUGCCAGCCAGCAGUACCCUUACGGCUAUGAUCCAGAUGGCAUAUACCGCUCGCAGUCCUUCCCCACAGCGACUGCUGAGAGCCCCCAGCUGCCCCAGGCACCAGCCCGGAGCACGAGUAGCCGGGAAGCUGUCCAGAGGGGACUAAACUCUUGGCAGCAGCAAAGUGGAGGCAGCAGACCACCUUCCCGCCAACAGGAUGGUGCCCGAGACAGCCAAAGUCCCAGUGUUUCCAGUGCAAGCCCUCAGCCCAGCCCUUCGCAAGCAGCACCCCCUCAAAGCAUCAGCAUCCCUGAAUUCCCCAGGGUGGCCUCCCAGAAGGAAAUAGAGCAGUCCAUUGAGGCCCUCAACAUGCUCAUGCUUGACCUGGACCCUUCUGUCUCCAUGAUGCACAAGUCCCAGAGUGUCCCGGUGUCUUCCAGAGAAGAUAAGCCACGCCCGGUGGCUCUCUCAGUAUCUGCCCAGCCUGUGACUGGUCCUCAAGUGGUGCAGCCAAAGUCUACCAAUCCUUUUGGCCCUAUUCCAGGAAGCCCUUCCCACAACUCCAUGGGCAUCUCUGUGUCCCAGCUGCCUGACCACCAGGCGCCUAAAACUCAUCCCACAAAGCUAUUGCUCCACAAUGCUGCAGAGCCAGAGUACCCCGUGCAGGAUGACCAGGAGGCUUAUUUGUCCUAUGGCUAUCCGAACCAGCAAGCCAGGAGCUAUGGCCAGGCUGCAGGAAGCCCUCCUACAUCUCCCAGGCCUCACGCAAUGGCAUAUAAACUCAUGGAAGCUCAGCAUCCCCUGCUGACGUCACCCCCAUCACCUGGGAUGACAAUUCAAGCCCAGGUACCAACAAAGAAUGCGGAGAACAGUGAGGAAGCUUCUCGCCCCACAGAGGAAGAGCCUUUGCAUCUUGAAGGUCUGGUGGCCCACAGGGUAGCAGAGUACAACGCCAAACUCCGGGACAUCCGGAAGAGCAUGAAAAGCCCCCAUCCUCCUCUUCACCGACAGCGAUCCUUCUCCUUUUCUGGAUACUUGGCUCUUCUGAAUCCACCCACCUCUCUCCCAACAGGAGUACAGUCGCCACGGGAGAAGUCACCAGAAGAAGCUGAAGCCCCUGUACGGAGACGUACCACCAGUGAAGGCCAGUAUGAGAACAGUCCCCAGGAUCCUAGUUCACCACGAAGCCCCACAGUUCGUUCUCCAGUUCACUGUGUCUCACCGGAGGUGGUCAGCACCAUCGCUGCCAACCCUGGAGGAAGACCCAAGGAGCCCCAUCUCCACAGUUACAAAGAGGCCUUUGAAGAGAUGCAGGGGACCUCUCCAAGCAGUCCACCUUCCAGUGGUGGUGAGACCUCUCCCCCAACCCCUGCCUUCCCUGUCUCACCACAAACCCCUUACAGUAACCUACUGCGCUCUCCACCAGGACUGGCUAAAACUCCGCUUUCAGCACUGGGCCUAAAACCUCACAACCCAGCAGAGAUCUUGCUGCAGCAAACAGGAGAACUAGAUGGGGAGACAGUAGUUGAAUCUGAUGAAGAGCCCCGGAGCUACGUGGAAUCUGUGGCCCGUACAGCAACAAGUGGUGGCAGCGGCAGUUCUGUUGGGAAGCCCCAGGCACCCCUGGCUCCGCAGGCCUAUAACACUGAGACACCAGUGAGGAAUGGAUCUUUCCCCAACUCCUUCGUUUCACCAAGCCCUGUCGCUGCCAGCAGUCCAAUGCACAGCAUGGAUGGGUUCUCUAUAGGUAGCUACCCAUCAGAGAACAAUGCCAGCAUAGCCAUUUCAUCCCAGCCAUCAGCUGAGUCCAGCUUCCAAUCCACCAACCUUUCUCAGGGGCCGUCGGCGAACAGCAGCUACCAAAACACCUCUACAUCAACUCAGGGCCUUCCAGCCUAUAUGAGUGCCGACUUCCCUGAUGGCCGAGCCAGCACUCAACAAGAUAGCCACCCAAGGCCUCAACCCCAAGCCAAUGCAGUUGGGGUCCAUGUCAUGCCUGGAAGCCCCCACUCCCUCCACAGAACGGUAGCCACCAACACUCCCCCUAGCCCAGGAUUUGGGCGAAGAGCUGUCAACGCUAACAUGGGAGCCGUUCCAGGAAGCCCGAGCAUGAGCAGGCACGUAAUGGCUCCGUACGGCAACCUUGUUGCAUCGCCUGGGAGUCCAAGCCUGACUCGGCAGCAGCCCAUAAUGGGAGGCAGCACAUCCAUGGUCUCUGGAAGUCCCAAUUUAGAUCGGCAUAUCAUAUAUGGAUACUCAGCUCCAGAGGAGAAGCGCCCAACGCUGUCCCGCCAAAGCAGUGCCUCAGGUUAUCAGGCUCCCUCUACCCCAUCUUUUCCUGUCUCCCCGGCCUACUACCAUGGAGUCAGUAGCCCACAUUCCUCGUCCCCUGACUCAGCAGUGUACCGGCAGGGAAGCCCCACCCCAACCCAACCACUGCUCCCUGAAAAGAGAAGGAUGUCAUCAGGGGAUCGGUCAAACAGCCUGCCUAACUACGCCACAGUGAAUGGCAAGACCUCUUCACCCAUCUCCAGUGGCAUGUCCAGUCCCAGCAGUGGGAGUGGCAUGGCCUUCCAUCAUACUCUGCCUGAUUUCUCCAAGUUCUCAAUGCCAGACAGCAGCCCUGAGACCAGAGCUAACGUGAAGUUUGUCCAGGAUACCUCCAAGUACUGGUACAAACCAGAGAUCUCCAGGGAGCAAGCCAUUGCACUGCUGAAAGACAAGGAACCUGGGGCUUUUAUCAUUCGAGACAGCCACUCCUUCAGAGGAGCCUAUGGAUUGGCCAUGAAAGUUGCUUCUCCGCCUCCUGGUAUUUUGCAACAGAGCAAGAAAGGAGAUCUCACCAAUGAGCUGGUUAGGCACUUCCUGAUAGAAACCAGCCCUAAAGGUGUGAAACUAAAAGGAUGCCCCAAUGAACCAAAUUUUGGUUGCUUGUCAGCUCUCGUGUACCAGCACUCCAUCAUGCCUCUGGCCUUGCCCUGCAAGCUGGUUAUUCCCGAUCGAGAUCCCAUGGAUGAAACGAAAGAGACAACCACAUCAAGCAACUCAGCAACAGACUUGCUCAAACAGGGAGCAGCCUGCAAUGUGCUCUUUAUCAACUCGGUGGAGAUGGAAUCAUUAACAGGGCCACAGGCCAUUGCCAAAGCUAUCACUGAGACGCUGGCCGCUGACACCCCACCAUCUGCUACUAUUGUCCACUUCAAAGUCUCAACGCAAGGAAUCACCUUAACAGACAACCAGAGGAAGCUGUUCUUCAGACGACAUUACCCCAUCAUCAGUGUUACCUUCUGUGAUGUGGACCCACAGGAGAGAAAGUGGACUAAGUCAGACAGUGGUGGUGCUGCAAAACUCUUUGGCUUUGUGGCCAGGAAACAAGGCAGUACAACAGACAACGUCUGCCAUCUCUUUGCUGAGCUGGACCCCGACCAACCAGCUGCCGCCAUUGUCAACUUUGUCUCCAGGGUCAUGCUCGGCUCCUCUCAGAAGAGAUGAACCAAUGCCUUCCCCCUGAAGGGGGCUUCUUGCCCUUGAAUUUUGAAGAAGGACUUGGAGUUGUUCCGAGAAGGAAUGCGAGGAAGUGCGUUGCAAAAGAGGGAAGUGAACCAAUUUUAGGGGGCGGGGGGAGAGAGGGAGAGUGGGGGAAGGUCUGAAUUGCUGAAAAGCCCAAACCAAGCAAACGUACGUACAUAGCAGAAACCAAGGAACCGACAUCGUCGCCUUUCCCUGCCAAGUUCAAGAGGUGGAGACAAUUUUGGCUUUUUGGAUCAGCAUGAAAUCAGAGAAUUCAGCCCCACAGGCCAAAGCACGGAUCUUAUUUACCUUUGUGGGGUAGGACUAUAUAGUAGUUGCUUGUUUAGAAAAUAAGGCAAACUUUUAAAAAAUCAUGAAUACGUGAGCUGCAGGAAUCACAUUGAGAGACAUGCCGAACAAGCAAUCAUUGGUACCCAUUUCUGAAAGUAAUUGCUCCCAACUCUUCAACUGCUGAAUGUAUGGAGCGUGUGUGCGUGUGCCUGUGUGUGCGCAUUUGUGUAGUGUGCACCAGUUGCAAUACAUAUCUGUGGAAAUCUGCAGUGUUAAGAUGAUGUAAUGGUUAUUCAGAACGGUUGACCCCUGCAUUCUCCCCCUCCUCUAGGAACAUUGGCCUCCAUUACUCUAGCUGGAGGAGAAGCCUCAUGAGCAGUAGCGCCUGAUCUACUACAGAGGCAGGAAGUCCACACCUCAUACAUGUGCACAGUGCAUGUGCACACAUAAUUUGUAUACCAGAGUUGCAGGGAGUAUUCCCCUAGCUAGGUUUAAGGAGCAUGCUAGCCACAUCAUAAUUAUAUCUUCUGGUUUCUAUGCAAUGAGACCCAUGGUAGGUCAUUUGAACAGGGAAUCUGUCCCAUGAUCCCCUUGCCCCUAAAAAAAUUAAAUACCAGCAGUUUGGGAAUGCCAUUCCUUUCCUGUCCAGGCUUACCCCUUCUCGGUAGCCAUGCACGUCAUUUUGUAUCUUGCAUGGAAAUUAUUCAAUUGCGCAAAGGCAAGAUGAAUGAUCCAAUAAUGGGGAGAGGGGGAUCUUGUUUUGAAGCCACUAGGAAUAAUGAUGUAAGGAGAGCCAACUUGGUUUGAGCUUUGGCUUAAGCACAGCCAUAAUUGAUUAAUCUGUAUCCAUUUGAGCUCAACAAUUAAUAUGUAGCAAAAUUCAUUAUUUUGCCUCUUCAGGCUUUGUGUUUGCUUCUGGAGGCAUCAAAUCUUGCACCGACACACUAGUUGACACUUGGCAGUGUUGUCCUCAACUGACAUUUGUUGUGGAAAGGGAGGCAGUUUCUACCUUGCAAAUCUUUUUUGUGCAGAGCCGCUACAUAUCCAUUUUCACAGUGAAUGAGGUAGUAUUUUAGCAGCAGCCACAGAGGAACUAUGUAUUUUUCUGCCAACAUCACAAAUUAGUCUUUUUACUAGCAUGACUUCUGUCACUCCUAAUGGGGGGCCUGCAGAAGUGCUGCCUAUUAACUAAUGGCUCUGGGUAUCUUUGUCAAGGAAAGGUUGACUUGUCAGGAGACGUCUGCUUUGUUGUGGAAGUAUCCUUCUGUUGUGUAGGGUUCUCGCAUCAUCUGCACUGGCAAAUCCCAGACAUGAACACUUGUGCUGAAUGGACAAAGAGAUGUUCCCAUGUGUCAAAUCCUAUGGGUUUAUUGUGAAUUCUUCAACCUCUACUUAGAAUAGAGUCAAGGCCCUGCUGAAAGCAAGUCACUUUUGGCUUGCUGUGUCAGCUGGUCCAACGGGGAUUGGUCAAAGACUUAUGAAGAGACUAGCAUGCAUGACAACAACUUGAGUCAACAGAUAAGGAGCAUGUGGGCAGUAAGCCCUUCACACCCUCCUCUGUUGAUAACACGCAACAGGACUCAUAACACACAGUGUGGAUUGGGUUGGGCUGAGACCUCCCAUUUAAAACAAUGGAUGAAAGGUCUGUUCCCCUAAAAUGCCAUAUGGGUUCCUGAAUUAGUAGGGGAAGAUCUUUAGGGACAGGCUGUGUGUUGAUGAAGCACUUCAGUAUGAAGCCAUGCGACAUUCACUAAAAAGUCAAAAUACAAACUCCAAGUCAUGCAGUCACCUAAAUUCCCCUAGAGAGUGUGGCUCUCUCAUUGCCUUGAUAUAAUAUAUAUAUGUAUGUAUGUAUGUAUGUAUGAAAUAUACUGACGAAAUAAUGUAAGCUAAUCAAAAAAAUUUAAAGUGAAAUUUACACAAAAAGUAUUUAUUUUUGCCAUAUUGCUUUUAUCUAUCUUUUACCUCCUCUGAUAUUUUCAUCUUCCUACAUUCCCCCCUCCUCCCUGUCCAUGUUAUAGACUCUUGUAUGUAUAACUUAGUACAAAGUGCUUAUUUGGUUAGUAUUAUUGACAUGGGCAAGAUUUCAAAAGAUGUCCAUCCCUCUCCACCCCAGCCCCAUCAGAGCAAUGUAUUUUGAUAUCAUGCCACAGGGCAGUGCAACAAUACAGCCUUUCUCAUCCCCACCUCCUCAUUUUUAGAAAUGAGCAAGUGAGCAUGUAUAAAUUUUGUACUUCGUUGCUGAGUGACGCAAAGGUUAGAGGUGUGCGUAUGUGUGAAAGUGUGUGAAGAGAGACUUAUUUCUGGAUACUGUAUAAAGCAUGAGUUUUGCAUCCAAGGACUGUUGUCGAGAUGGUUCCUUGGAUGGAGUGGGAGCAUCAGUUAUUGGUGUCAUUGUCCAGGCUCUGCCCCACCCACAUCCAGAUGGGAUGCCAGAGACUGCGAUAGCUUAUUCUCUUCUAGGUUACAAAUAUUUCCUCCUUCUGCAAAAUUCAAGCAAGAUGAUCCCCCCUCCCUCACCUGCAACUGUCUCACCCUGCCAUUAACCAAUUAGAGAAACACUGUGUCUAUAGAUAUAUAUAUAAAUAUUAUAAAUAUAUAUAUUUUUUGAAAGUCUCUAUUUUUCAGACUUCAUUUUUUCACUGCUUUCAAAAAAUUAAAAUUUGCAAUCUCACCCUUCCCCUUCAUCAUUUGCUGUCUUGCCACAGAGAGCGGUAUUGAAACUUUAUGGUUCAUUAUUGUUUUGCCAUUCAAAGGAAGUGACCUUGAUAUAAGGCUUCUGUGGUCACAUAUAUAUCAUCAUGGCGAGCACACGCAUGUCAGAAUACCUGCUUCCAGCCAUGACCUGCUCACUGCUCCUUUACUAACUCACUAGCUGAAGAUGGAAAGUUUAAAGAUCCCUGUGUGUUUGGGCCAUACUUGCUGACUAUGGCUUUAUUUUAAAAGGCAGAGCUAAUCACAUUAUGUAACUUGUUGCUUUUCCAGCUUGCAUUCAAGACAAAAGCUGCAUUUUAGGAGUAACUGUUGUAUUUAUCAACCACAGUUUUUCCACAGAUCAGGUCCCCAGCUCCUCCAGGGUGGCUCUCGAUCUGGAGCUAACCAAGUGCUUGUGAAAAAGAGCACAAAGAGGCACAAGAAGUUGCUAGAAGAAAUGAGAGUUCCCCCAGACCCAAUAAUUUCUGUGUAUAUCUUGAUUGGGUUAGUAGAGUAUGAUUUUUAUCUGCCCUUCCUUUCCCUCAACUUGCAGUGUGCCUCUCUAUUUGUGCUAAGAACCAUAGAGCAGGGAUCAAAAGGAGACCAAUCUCGAUGGAAACCUCUGGUCCAUUCUUAUGGACUGCCAGUGCCAACCAAGGAAGGAACAUCCUGGCAUAUGUGAGGAGAAGGCAACCAGUUUUCGAAAUACUCUCACAACUUCAGAGGCAACAGAUUGUCUCCUUCUCUGCAAUCUCUGCCUUGUGGGGCUAUUUGCGUCUGCCAUGUUCUUUAUCCAUUGAUCUCCCCGCACCCAGCCACUUGCCCAGGAUGUAAGUGAGCUGCUCACUAGGUGAGUCAUCCUUGGGUUGGUUUGUUGGUGUUAAUUUGCCUCAGCCACAGUUUCUUCAUAGGCUUAAGGAGGCUGUUUGUGGCACUGGAGAGAGCGAGUCCCUGUUCUAAACUGGUUUAGUUGUUUUCUGCCAAACUCCCAAGUGCUGGAGGAGCUGCUGCAAUCCCCGAAAAAAACUUGUGCCAUUUAUUGAAUGUCUUUUAAAGAGCACAAGAGAAGAUAAUUCCAUCUGAAACUCACCAAAUCAUUUCCAAUGCCUGGGACUGAUGUCUAAUGUAACCCCCCCCCCAUGUAUGCAAUGUAGUAAUAACUCUACCCUUUCAAUAGAAGGUGUUAUAUUUUAUACACAUGCACACAAACACCCUCCUCCGUACACAAAGAACUGCAUAAUCUUGCCAAAGAUACCUGUUUGAAAUGCACUUUCCUCUUCCUGUUGGCUGUACAUUUCUUGAAUGUGCCUCUUUCCCUCUCUUUAGUUUUUCUUUCUUUGUUUUAAAAUCGUGUUUACUAGUGACUUUUGUUCAUUAUGUUUUUCUCUAGCAAAUUUGUGAAACUCAAAUCACCCUUCCACCAGCUGGGUGGUGAUAACUAAUUUGAUAUAUAACUUGAGAUUUAAGGAAGGUUACUGAGCAGUGAAACAGCCAAAGUAAGAUGUAGAAGAGAACAGGAGCAAAGCCAUUCAGAUACCCUCAUGUCCAGUUCCUUAAAUGUUAUAAAAAUCCCAAAUUUAUCCCUAAAGCUCCUGCAGUUGCUUGCUUUAAAUACAACUUCAAAUAAGUAAUCAUUUUAAAAUAAGUAAUCCCUUCCCAAUGCCUGUGAAAGAAAUUUAAAGUAAACAGCAUUAGAGACAGUACUGUCUCUUUUUGUCUCUAUGUAGCUGACAUACAACGGACAAAGAUGUUUAAUAUUUUGUAGCAACAAAUAUUAUUUGACAUCCAGCUCAAUAUAGCUGUGAGGAUUAAUGACCUAAUAUAUCUCCGCAAUAUGGCAAAUGGAACGGCUGCACUGCUACUCUACAUGGAGCAUUGAGCUAGCAUUGUAGUCUUUCUUGUAAAAUCUUUCUUGCUAAAUCUUUCUUGUAGUAUAAGAAAGUCAUAAGGCCAGAGUCAUAAGGACCAUACUAGACCAAUACCCAAAAGAAACCAAUGACCUGUGCUCAGUAAUUGGAACUGGAUGUAUUGGAGAAACAUUUAAAGGCCACAGGCCCAAUAUAUUACUAUAUUCUGGCAACCAUCAAUUUAUUAAUCUGUUCGUGGAUGACUCAGAACACAUUAUUCAAGUUGAGUCUGUUCUGAUUAAGCCAAGAAGUUCAGUUAAAAAUUAAAAGGGAUAAAGCCAUCACUUUGUGAGGCCAUGUGAGGAAUAAACUCCCAGGUUUAUACAUGGACAUAAUAGCUUCUGUCAUACUAAGGCAAUGAAGACUAGCAUCUCCUAUUGCAGCCCCCUUGUAAACCCAUUUUAGAAGUUGUUCCAUAAUUUGUCAUCAUAGUGUUUGUACAGCAUUUUCAUCAGCAUUCUCACCCACAUAAAAAAACAAAACCCUUGUUCAACAUGGCCCCUCAUUCACCCAUUGCCCAGUAAUGGCAACCUGGCAGCAUACCCACAAAGCUCCCGUGGUUCUCCAAAUAUAUCAUUAGCCAAUGCCAUCCAAUAUAUACCUGAAUUUGGGGCUAAAGAAAAGCAGCAUGUAUAGGGUUAUUAAUAAAAGCAACAAAGACAGACUCCUGAAACGACACCGGUAUAUUGAGCUCCACAUUUUACCCCUAACCAUAUUCCUUGGAAAUGUCCCAUUACAAUCAUGUGGUCCUACAAGUGAUGGGUUUAGGAUUGGGAUGCUGGUUUCUGUUGCAAGUAGGUACUUUUUCAAAAAGCAGCAUAAAAUUACUCAACUCUGGAGGACGCCCUUUGAUCUCCAGUAGUCAAUUCCCAUUUUUUAAAGUAGGUCUACAGGAGGUGAGCGGCAUAGCUCCAAAAUCAGUUUCAGAUUUAAAACCAAAUGGUCCAAAUCUAACAGUGUUUACUAGGAAGUACAUCCCAUUCAAGUCAGUGACAUCUACUCUCAAGUUAAGAGGACAGUUCUAUGCAGAAGUCAAUUCCACUGAAGACAAUAGAGCUUAUAGACAAUGGUUAUAGGGUUGCAGCCGCUAGAAGCAGGGCGAUCCAGACUUUAAAACUGCAGUUCAGACUAUUUGCUGUUUUAUGACUACCAUGGUUAAUGUUGUUACAGCAUCCUUUAUCAGUAUUAAUGACCUUUUAAAGCAACUUUUUGUUUCUUCUUGCAUCCCCUCCCAUUUUUUAAGCACACACCAAACAUGCAAAUGCCUACACAAAGAAGAGUAAUUGGGAAGGGAAACAAGCCACAUGCCAGAAUUAACUCCCUUUUUAUGUAUUUAUACAGACAGAAUUAUCCUUUAUAUUUUGUAUCUUUGUGCCCAUACCUUUUGUCACUUCUCUAAGAGACGCCGCUGCAUCACCCAUGGUUCACGUGUGAAUGGACCAUGCACAACUAAGCUUUCCUUUCCCUUUGUACAGCUAUCUUGACUCAUUGCAGUUCCUUGUAUGGCUUUAUAAAUGAUAAGAUUUUAAACAAAAUCAAUUAUAUGAAAUAUACUGUUGCUUGAAAAUGCCCAGCUUGGUGUCUGGAUUGCUGGAAUUGUAUCUCAAAACUUUAAGGGAGCAAAGGAAUAAAGACUCUCUACUUUUUGCACAGGGAAA